AAAAUGGCGGCUUCACCGGCCACCGGAGUAGUGCGUCCGAAAACACAACGUGGAAGGCGGGCAGUCGAACAGCGUGCGCCGAAGAUUGUUGAAAACACUAAAACUGCUCUGUUCUUGCGUGGUGGCAGGACAAGUGAGAUUGUGACUCAAGCCAUGAAAGAUCUGUGUUUACUGAAAAAACCCAACUCAGUCAUGUUUCAAAGGAAAAAUAUCAUGCGACCAUUUGAAGAUCACACUUCACUUGAAUUCUUUAGUGUUAAGAAUGAUGCAGCCUUAUUUCUCUUUGGGUCUCAUUCCAAGAAGAGGCCUCACAAUCUGGUCAUAGGUCGCUGUUUUGAUGGCCAUAUCUUGGACAUGAUUGAGUUAGGAAUUGACAAGUUUGUGUCACUAAGUCAAUUUAAGAUUCAGAAGUGUUCAGUUGGUACCAAGCCUUGUUUGCUAUUUUCUGGACAAGAAUUUGAAAAUGAUGUUGUUUACAAACGCCUGAAAAGUAUUCUCAUAGAUUUCUACAGAGGACCAGUAAUAGAGAAAGUCAGAUUACAGGGACUUGAGCAUGUGUUACAAUUUACAGCAGUGGAUGGGAAAAUUUAUCUGAGAAGCUACAGAGUAUUGCUGAAGAAAUCAGGAAGUCGCACUCCACGUAUUGAGGUUGAAGAGAUGGGUCCUUCUCUUGAUCUGGUUCUUAGAAGAACACACUUAGCAUCAGAUGACUUAAUGAAGGCUGCAACAAAAGUACCUAAAGUAGUUAAGCCCAAAAAAGUUAAGAAUGUCUCAUAUGAUGCAUUUGGUACCAAAGAAGGAAAAGUACACAUGCAAAGGCAAGAUUACUCCAAAUUACAAACCAGGAAAAUGAAAGGACUCAAAAGACAAUUGAAUACAAAAGGAAAACCACAGGAUAAAAUUAAAAGGAAAAAAACAGGCUGACAAUGUGAAUUAAAUUUAUUUCAACUUGACUUUACCAUUAUUCUCAAGGUAAACAUUUUAAUCACUAUUUGUGGAUCAAUAAUUAUCAACAAGAUUCACAGUAGGUAUUGGACUCAAUUAAUAUCAGUAAAGCCCAGUUUAUAUUACAAAAUUCUAUGUUAAACAACAGACCUCAGAAAGGCACUGGGGAAUAAAAUGUAGGGUUUGUGAGUUUAUUCCCCAGAACCUGGCAGCAACAUUUUUUGUUUUAUAUUGAAUGGUAAAAUAUAAAAGUUAAGUCUUACUGUUGUCUGUAAAUCAUCAUGUUUGUGAGUUCUUGUCUUGUUUCUGAAACCAUCUAUGUUCAGUAAAAAGGAGUGGAGUUGCAUUUUGACAGGACAUGAAUACUCAUUGUAGACAAAAAUUAUUAUGGGAAUGAAAAGAACUUGGAUGAUCUUUAGUGCACUUCCAUCAAAUGCUCAAAUCCAACACUUGAACAUAAAACUCCACAGAAGGUGCA